AUGUUCAACGUUGCGUGCAAAGACCCCUUUGAAGCCGAGAAAGUGGGCGAACGCCGAGCUCGAAAAGCCAGAGAAACCAACGAGGCUGUUGACAGUAUCAAUGAUGCCCUCAGCAGGAUCUCCCUGUCCGGUCAGACAUCAGAACCACCUGGCAUCUUCAGUAGUGUAUCGAGCAGAUCCUCGAGGGCAUCUUCGGUCAUAGGAUCUGUGUCCAUCAAGUAUGAUAACAUGUCACACAUGCACUCUUCUGGGCUACAUGAUACAGCAAGCCAGAAGAGCCAGCCAUUUUGCCAUCGAAAAAGGGGCAAAGAACGUACUAGACGAGGAUCCCUCACAAAUUCUGAAACAAAUCCUUUUGCCAGUCAUGACCACGGCGCCAUGAAGCACGCUUCCACCGAGGAAACAUGGACGCAUCCAAUGAUGCCAAAUGCCAAACAAUUGACGCCAUCGUCGUCUUCGACGAGUUCAACCUCUCCUCGACACGCCCAUACCGCUGUCACCCAAUAUGCCCAAGUACGCGUGUCCACGCCAGCGGCAGAGGGCCCAGAUCCCUUUGUCCGCUUCCAGCGUUUGCUGCGCAGGAUUGAGAGAACCAGCCAUCGGAUCUCCGUGGCGAGGCUGGCUGAGCAAUGGCCAGAUGAUGAAGAGGGCGACAGCAUGGCGCACGAAUUUGAAUUUGAGACGACUUUAUACGCCAUUGUUCACGCUCAGAGGCUCGCUUUCCCCGAAGGGACGAACGGGCCUGCCUUCCCAGUCCCGAGAGGAUUGGACCGUGGGGACGUGAACAGGCUUGCGGCCGCCAAUAUACUUCAUCUGGGCUCUGUGACUGGUUCGCCAGAAGCGUGGUAUCUGAGUACCAAAUAUUCCACUUCCAUCAUCCACAGCCUAGGAGUGGACCAACUCCAGUUUGACCUGCCAUCAUCCAGCUGGGGGCAGCCGCCGAACCUGCAACUCGAAGAGUGGACCAACUUUCCACGUCUUGACUACGUUGACCGGAUCUUCGACGUCGUGAUUGUCGCUCACCACCUUUUCGAGAGGAUUAAAUGUACCUUGUGGCCUCUUCUGAUUCAGGAGAUAUCUCGUGUUCUCGUGCCGGACGCCAUACUCGUUGUUUCCACCAUCGACGCCGUUCCUCAGCGCUGUGGACCGAUGCUUAGCUCCUGGACUCAGCAAACCGUGAUGGUCAAUCUCCUUCGACGAUUCAUGGUCCCCGAGCCCAGCUUGUUACUGCCCUCCUGGUUGGAAGAAGACGGCCACUUCACCCCGGAGUUAGUCGACCGUCUCCAGUUUCCUUGCGGAGCAGCUCUCGGACUUAGUCCAGUACCAAUCCAUGCCGCUAGUGAAGCCAUGGACCCCGUCAUCCGAAGACGAAGAAAGUCAUACUCUUCGCAGCUCCCUGGGGUCCGACUUGCUCAGGUCAUUGAAGAGCCAGAACCUGUAAAGGUGACUUCACAGAAUCCCCAAGAUCUUGCUGUGUCUUUGACAGGUUGGAAGUUCUAUGAAAGGAUAUACGCAAGGUUUCUUCCUCGCGAAAGAGAACACUCACAUUUGCAAGACGGUUUCUCUGGCUCGUCUCUUACACGAGGGUGGUGGACACAAGACGAGAGUAUCUUGCGCGAGUGUCAAAAAACUCAGCCAUGCUUUGAAAUGGCCAUGUUUGUGUAUAGAAGGAACCAUUCUUAA